GUGUUUUUGUUUAUAACUUGCAUUUACAGUUGUUAAUCGGUUGGUGUUCUAGUUUACGCUACACACAUAACUGUUAUAGCUCGCACGUUUUAAAAUUUCGUUCAAAUAAAGUUUAAAUGUAACAUUCUUAAACAAUAUACAAGAAAAAAGGAAUGAAUAGUCAAUUCGUUGUCGUAAAACAAGCGGCCAGAACGGCAUCAAACUGCUGUCGGCUGUGCCUUCUCAACAGUUGCGAUCUCCAACCAAUACAGCACCAGACGGUCGAGUCAAAUGGAUCCAGCGAACCGAACGCACCAUCCCUGUCUCAACUUAUUAUCCGUUACCUGUCGAUUGAGCUCCUUUUCGAGAAUACAAACACUAGCUAUAUCUGCUCUGACUGCAAGAACACGAUCACCAAGUGGCAUGGAUUUCGAGAGUCCUGCCUCCAAAAUGAUGGAGUUUACCAGAAGAUAACACAAGAUCCGGGAAAGGAUGACGCAGCAGGGCAUACUAAUGGGUAUUACGAAGUAGAGGUGAAACAGGAACAGGAGCUCGAUAUUUGCGAGGGAAACUUUUCCGGAGAUUUCGAAGAAACCAUGUUCGCAGAGCAGAAUACUUUCCCGAAAGAGAAAGCAGUAAAAGAAAAUGAACCAACGGUUGGGCGAGAUCUUGACCGGUCUAAAAUUUCAGAAAGCGUAACGAAGUCGCGUAUGUGUAAAAUUUGUGGUAAAGGUGUUAAGCACAUGUCCAAUCACUUAAAAACUCACAGCCAGGAUAGAAGCUAUCAAUGCCCACAUUGCCCUUUGAAUUUCUACAGCAAAAACAAUUGGGGAAAACACGUCAACGUUCACACAAAAGAAAGGAAGUACGUCUGCCCGGUGUGCGAUAAAAUAUUCCUCCGAAGUGAUAACCUCAAGCGGCACAAGCAAAGCCACUUGGAAGGUCAAACCUACAAAUGUUCGUACUGUCCUAAAACGUACCGGAAUCGAACAGGAUUGCUAAUCCACCGAAUGACCCACACCCAGUCGCCGGAUAUUCCGUGUGAUGGAUGCGACAAAAAGUUCUACACAAAGGGUCAACUCGACAAACACGCCGUGUCACACUUGGCAGUUAAACCGUUCGUUUGUAAAAUUUGCAAACGUGGGUGUUCCAGGAAGUACGUUCUAGAACUGCACAUGAAGAAAUACCAUCCGAGUUGCAAGGAGGCAAAAGACCAAGCAUUGCAGGAUUGAAUUAUAGGGGUGUAUUUAAAUAGUACGAAUUUAGCGAUUGAAGUUUCGGGCAGCUCCAGCCAAGUGCAUUUCUAAACGAAAAUGAAUGUCUAGUUUUUUUUGUUUUGAAAAGGACCUAUAAACCCUAUAAACCAAAUUUUCCUUUUUUGCUUUUUGGGUGUUUUUAGAACCGCCUUGAGUCAGGGGUAUUCAAAAACACCCAAAAAGCGAAAAAGGAAAAUUUGGUUUUAGGACCUUUAAAAAAAAAAACGCUGUAUGUGGUAAUGAAACAGAUUAUCAAACAAAAAAUAAAGAA